GUCGUGAUUGGUUGUGACAGUCGUGACCGGUCGUGACCUUGCAGACCGGUGGACAGUGGGAAUGAGGAAUGGCGGAUAGGUUAACUCAAUUACAAGAUACGAUUAAUCAGCAGGCUGAUCACUUUUGCAAUAGCAUUGGUAUUUUGCAACAGUAUUCAACACCAAGUAAAUUCCCAGGUUUUGAUCGUAAUGGGUCACAAACUCCACAGCAGCAACAACAAGAAGAUUAUGCUCAUCUCUUUGCAACACUGAUUGCAAGAUGUGCAAAAGAUAUUGAUGUACUUAUUGAAUCUCUGCCUAGUGAGGAAUCCUCCACUGAUUUGCAGGUGGCAAGUCUCAGAAGACUGGAACAAGACAACAAAGAAGCAGGAGAAAGACUAGAAGAAGUUGUAAGGCGAGGAGAAGCUCUCUUGGAACAGAUUCAGGCAGCGCUUGCUGAUAUUGCUCAGAGUCAGCUUGACAUGCAGCAUCUUCAAGCUGAAAAUACCAACAAACAAUCUAAUACACACAUGUCUACAUAAACUUCAUUGCUUUCUGCUCCCAUGAAGCCUGUACUCUGUAAACAUAAUCAAGUUAAGUUUAAUAUGAGACGACUGCUUUGAAACCAGUUGUCUGUCAGUUGAGAUAUGUACAACUAUAAUGUGAGUUCUUGUCAAGGAACUUGAGAUCUGAAAAGAAAUUCACCAGUCCCAAAGGUGUGGUUUUGGUACUUCUAAGGGCUGAAACUAUAUUCCUCUAUGGUUAUAGCAAUCCUGGGAACAGCUGGUUUAUAAAACUGCAGAAAUUAGAAUUAAAACUUGAAAUGAGAACUGUAUAUUGAUUUUCAGCACUGUUUGAUGAUAAAAACACGCCAUAUCAUGUGCUAAUUUUAUCAGAAAAUAUUCUCUUAUCCACAUGGCCAUGUGUCUAUGUAUAUAUACUACAAAUAUAUGUUAAAAAAAUGG